UACCAGUAGUUUAACUUAACUUUAAUACCGCCGCCACCACCAAAACCAGCAUCAUGACAAAAGACAGAUUAGCCGCUUUACAUGCCGCCCAAUCGGACGAUGAGGAAACCGAGGAGGUGGCCGUCAAUGUUGACGCCACCCAUGACUCCUAUAUGGAUGACUUCUUUGCUCAAGUCGAGGAGAUACGUAAUAUGAUCGAAAAAGUCCAAGAAAAUGUCGAAGAGGUAAAGAAAAAACACUCGGCCAUCCUCUCGGCUCCCCAGUCCGAUGAAAAAACCAAGCAGGAGCUUGAAGAUCUAAUGGCGGACAUUAAGAAGAAUGCCAAUCGUGUGCGUGGCAAACUAAAAGGCAUCGAACAAAACAUCGAACAGGAAGAACAACAGAAUAAAUCCUCGGCCGAUUUGCGUAUACGCAAAACACAGCACUCGACAUUGUCGCGAAAAUUCGUCGAAGUAAUGACCGAAUACAAUCGCACACAGACCGAUUAUCGUGAACGCUGCAAGGGCAGAAUACAGCGUCAAUUGGAAAUUACUGGCCGUGCCACAACCAACGAUGAACUCGAAGACAUGUUGGAACAGGGCAAUCCGGCCGUCUUCACGCAGGGCAUUAUCAUGGAAACGCAACAGGCCAAACAGACACUGGCCGACAUAGAAGCCCGUCACGCCGAUAUCAUGAAAUUGGAGACAUCGAUCAAAGAGUUGCACGACAUGUUCAUGGAUAUGGCUAUGUUGGUGGAGUCGCAGGGCGAAAUGAUUGAUCGCAUUGAAUACCAUGUGGAGCACGCUAUGGACUACGUGCAGACAGCAACUCAGGAUACAAAGAAAGCUUUGAAAUAUCAGAGUAAAGCUCGCCGGAAGAAGAUUAUGAUUCUGCUUUGCUUGACUGUGUUGGGUAUCAUAGUUGCUGCAUAUGUUAGCAGUUAUUUCAUCAUGUUAUCCAAAUAAAUUACAUAGUACAAUU